AUGCACGAGCAUCGGACAAAGUCCUUCGUUUUUUUCCUAGCUUUGGGGCUGGGGCUGUGGAAAUGUGUCGUUUGGGAUUCAACAUUUAAGUUGCGAUAUGGAUGGUUCCCAAACGAGCCGAGCCCAGUAUGCAAACGCAGGUUGGUGCUGCACGUCGGCAUGCACAAAACGGGAACCUCGUUCCUGCAAAAAUGGAUGCACACGCACAACAAGUGGCUAGCGAAACAUUUUGGUGUCUUGGCAAUGCCGCGGGCUGCCCACUGUACUGCAAUGAUGUUCAACCUUAAUCUAACAGAUCCGGUUGAUGAUGUUCCAAUUGACUCUCUGCCGGAGCACGUGAAGUUUCGUUGCCGACGAUUCACCCUCAAUCGGACUUUCGACUUCCUGGUCACAGCUUUGGAAAAUCCCAGCGCGCCGGUCAUCAUCUCUACAGAGGCAUUCUCGACCCUCCUCCCAGGCCGAUGGGAACACUUCCUGAGUUACCUUCACAACAAGACCAGGAACUUGCCAUGCUUUGCGGUGUCGCCUGUGGUUUUCUUGCGGAGCCCGUCAUCAUGGUCACAGUCCCAAUGGAUUCAGCGUGGGAAGAAAAGUUCUAAUCCGCUGCCUAGAGCGGACUGGCUUGCUGGUUCAUGGUCCGAGGAGGAGCUACGUCAUUACAUGACACUGUUGGAUACUUUCGGCAAAUCAGUCCUACAUGUGGUGUCUUACGAUAUGCUUUUGGAAGCAAACCAAAGUUUGCAGGCCUUCCUGAUCUGCAACGCAACACUUGGCAUGGACGGUGCGUCAUGGUCAGGUUGUCAAGAAAUGGUCGACUCAAAGGGGAUUGGCACGAAGAGGGCCAACAUUUCUCCCAGUCCAGCGGCACUGGACAUAGUCACUUUAGCGAGACACAUGUACAACAUAUACACCAUGGGCAAAAAUGGGAGCUCAUGCAAGUUCGGGCUGACGUCAUUGAGCUCGGAAGUUGGGGCAGUUGCAGCAAACAUGCCGCAGGGCUGUAAUGACUGGCAUGAACGCUUUGCGCAGUUGGAGGACAGACUGUACAACUUGUCUGGCCUCGUCCGACCGCAGAGCCGUACGCAGUGGUGCGGCGUUAACGAAACACAGCUUCAGCCACACCACUGGAAGCUGAUCGAGGGCCUUUUGCCAGAAUGCGUGAAGACCCUGUAA